UAUAUGACUUAUUCUAGGUUCCGCUAUUUGAUUCCCUGAACCCUGUGAUCAACUGCGCAUUGCGCAUUGGCUCAUGGCUGUCAGUGCUAAACAUAACCCGACGUCACCGCUAAGACAUCCAUCCACACCUCACUCUGUCCAUUUCUUUACUUUCCCUGACUUUCCCACCAACCACCCAGUACACUUUCAUCUUAAAAGUCUGUACAGCGCAUUCAUCCAGCAACCGUCCUCGAACAAUGCCUGCUCGCUAAGCCAAGUAUGAACUGCCAGAAAUGCCGCCAGCCUCUCAGGCUGGACGCUUCCCUUGAGGACCUCAAUCCAGCUGCCUACGAUGUGCUUGUUUCAUCUACAUCUCCCCAGACCCUCAAGAAAUCAUCUGUUACGAGCCCACCGAUUAGGCAACCCCAAGAGCAAGCGCGCAAGUCUCUAUACGAAACAGUCUCACGAAAUACCGGGCCACCAACGUUCAAGCGCAACCAUGGAGGGCAUCCCCGCGAUUCCUCUAUGUCUUUCGUGUUAUUAUCAGAGUCACAGAUGACUCACCCGAAUCAGCCUCCAGAGUCUCUCGCUAUGCCAACGGCACUGCGCCGUGCCAGCUCCAGCAGAAGUAAUGGGGAUAACGUUGAUGCGCCUGUGGGAAACGAGAUGGAUAGGGUCAACCGACUUUUUGAAAUUCUAUCUGCACGGUCCGACAUCGACCACCCUAUCUGUGUUGAAUGUACAGAAAUGCUUAUUGAGGGCCUACAGAAGAAGCUAGAGGUUGCUUCACGCGAAAGGGACGCCUAUGUUAAACAUCUUAAGGAGGCGAAAGCAAACAAGCCAAGCGAAGAAGACAUGAAAGCUCAAGAGGAAGCGCUGCGAAAAGCCGAGCAGGAUAGAGCAGCAGCUAUGGAAGAGCUGAAGAAACUGGAGUCGGAAAAGACUUCGUUAGAUGAGGAGCUCGUAGCUCUUGAGGAGGAGUCGCGACAACUCGACAAUGAGGAAGAGAAGUUCUGGAGGGAACGAAACGAGUUUGCUACCAAGAUGGGUGAAUUCCAGGCGGAAAAGGACAGCAUCAACGCCAAGUACAGCAACGACUCCCAGCUCCUGGAAAAGCUGCAGCGAUCUAACGUAUACAAUGACACCUUUUGUAUCAGCCACGAUGGGAGCUUUGCAACAAUCAACGGUCUUCGGCUUGGUCGUCUAUCCAACAAACCGGUAGAUUGGCCAGAAAUCAACGCUGCAUGGGGACACGCACUGUUACUCUUGGUUACCGUUGCGGACAAACUUUCGUACAGAUUCGAUGGAUAUGACCCGCAGCCCAUGGGAAGCACCUCAAGAAUCAUCCGAUACGAAGUACCAAGCCCUUCUUCCAGCCGGUUAGGCAGCCGCGCUGUCAAUGCUCCCCCCAAAAAACAUAUACUGGAGUUGUACAGCUCUGGAGAUAUGCCUCUAGGAUUAACCUUCAUGCACCGACGUUUUGAUAAUGCCAUGGUUGGGUUCCUGGAGCUUGUGCGACAACUGGGCGCGUAUGUGCAUAGGCAAACAGAUGCAACUGGCACACCUCUUAGCUUGCCAUAUAAGAUUGACGGUGACAAGAUUGGCGAUGUCAGCAUCAAACUCGGCAUUGCGCAAGAUGAUGGAUGGACGAAGGCGUGCAAGCUGACAUUGACGUGUUGUAAGUUUCUACUUGCACACGCCAGUAACGUCACUUCCAACGCAAGAAAUGGUGGGAACUGAACAACUCCGUUGCUAGUUGAUGAACAGCACUUGGGGUUUCUCUGCUUUGGGUUCGCUUGUGUCUCCCUUAGGUGUUAAAAGUGGCGUAGUUUGGACAAACUGGAUGGCGUUAUAGGAUGGAAAUUGAGCAUAGAGGCUACUUCUCUUCUGUCGUAUAGAAUCAUUUGGCAUCAUAAAUAGCAAUGAGAUGACAAUAUUUUCGUGU